AUGGAUGAUAUAGACCAAUCAGAAAUAUAUGAUCCUUCGAUAAAUUUAUUCAGUCAAGUUGGUUCUGUUAUUGAUCAUCCUCUGUUCUUGCAAAGUGAGAUACAAGGUUUUCUUGAUGUUGGUGAUCCUAACUACGAAUGUUCAAUCUAUGGGGCGUGUUUGUGGUUAUCAGAACGUGUUGAAAGAGACUCUACAGUUAAUCGUCCUAUUUUUACUGUUUGUUGUUCAAAAGGGAAAAUUCAGUUACCUUAUCUCCGAAAGCUCCCAAAUUUGUUAUAUAAUUUGAUUAAUGGACAUGAUAGCAAGAUUGCUGCUUUGAUUGUUGGAGAUUUUGAUUCGUCGGAUCAUGGUCGCGACAUUAUUGUUCGAUCUACUGCUGGUCAGUUGCAGCGUAUCUAUGAAACUCAUGCUCUGUAUUGGCCCUUACAGUAUCCGUUGUUGUUUCCAUAUGGCGAGGAUGGUUACCGGUUGAAUAUUCCUUAUCGUGGUCAAGUUGGUGGAUAUGUUCCUGGAAGGAGAACAAGGAGGUUGUAUGAGAUUAGAAUGAAACAGAGUACAAUUAGAGGAGAAGUGCUUCAAGGAAUAGAGGAGGCUAUGCGUCGUGGUGAUGAUGACGCUUUUUCAAUUGGGACACGAGUUAUCUUGCCUUCUUCCUUCACUGGUGGUAGACGUUAUAUGUUUAACCGUUCUCAGGAUGCGAUGGCAAUUUCUAAGUUGAAAUGCCUGCUUAGCGAUCUCAAGGAAGGUGUAUUUUUUGGUCCACUUAGUGCAGGUAUGUAUACUAUUGAGUUCCAAAAAAGAGGUUUACCACAUGCACACAUGUUACUUUGGCUUAACGGGGAAAGCAACUUACAAAGUGUUGAAAUUGUUGAUGAAUUCAUCUGUGCUGAGCUAUGCAAUCCCAUCAAAUUUCCAGCUCUUUAUAAUGUCGUCACUAAGUACAUGAUCCAUGGUGCCUGCGGUCGACUUAGACCGAGUUCUCCUUGCAUGAAAGAUGUGAAGAUCAACGAUGUGAAUAUUGACAACAGAUUUGUCGUGCCUUAUAAUCCACUACUGUUAAUAAAAUAUCAAGCUCACAUCAAUCUUGAGUUCUGUAACAAGUCAAACAUCAUUAAGUAUCUUUUUAAGUAUAUCAAUAAGGGUCCAGAUCGGGUGACUGCAACUGUUGGAGAAACAUAUCAUGUUGGUGAAUCUUCUCAGAUGCCCUCAGUACAGAGGUUGACUUUUCACUUACCGAACCAGCAACAUGUCAUAUUCGAUGAUGCUGAUAUCACUACUCAUGUUUAUUUGCGCAACAAAGAUUUGCUGACGAUGUUUACGGGUUGGAUGAUAGCGAACAGGUGGUUCCCGGAUGAGGCAUGUUCUGCCAUGGGAUUCCUGAUAGAUGAUAAGAAGUAUGUUUCUGCUAUUAAGGAAGUCGCGGAGGUAGCGUCCGCUGCACAGCUAAGGAUGCUUUUUAUGAUGUUGUUGCUAUCUGGUUCCAUGGGAAGGCCUCUGUCAGUUUGGGAACAAACUUGGGCUUAUUUGUCAGAUGAUAUUCUUUAUCACAGGAGACAUGAGCUGCAAUAUCCUGAUCUAACGAUGAGUCAGGACGAGUUGCAAACAUUUUAUUUGUUGGAGAUUGAGAAACUAUUACAGAGUAAUGGAAAAUCAUUGAGAAAUUAUGGUGGCAUGCCGGUUCCAAAUACCUCUUUAGUCUCUCAAUUUAACAACUUGAUGCUGUUGCAUGAGUUGCAGUAUGAUACUGUUUCUUUAACUCGUGAGCACGAUGCAAAUCUCUUAAAGUUAAAUGAAGAACAGAGGGUGGUCUACGAUAAAAUUAUUGAUUACGUUUCGAAUAAGAGGCACGGAUUCUUUUUUGUGUACGGGUUUGGUGGCACUAGAAAAACCUUUUUAUACAGAGUUUUGUCGGCUAGAUUGCAAUCUGAGAAAAAUAUUGUUAUAAGCGUUGCUUCUAAUGGUAUUUCUUCUCUGCUGUUACCUGGUGGUAAGACGGUGCAUUCUAUGUUCAAUAUUCCUGUUGAGCUGAAUGAAGAUACUGUUUGUCAAAUUAAGAAGGAUAGUGCAAAAGCCGAGGUAGUCCGAUUGGUCGAUUUGAUUAUUUGGGAUAAGGCACCGAUGACUAACAAAUUAGCAUUUGAAGUGCUCGAUAGGACGUUACGUGAUAUAAUAGUUUCGGUCUCUGAUAGGAAUAAAGAUAUACCUUUUGGUGGGAAGGCGGUCAUUCUCGGUGGUGAUUUCAGGCAGGUCUUGCCGGUUAUUCCGAAAAGUUCUCGUGCUGAUGUUGUCAUGGCUUCGAUAAAUUCUUCUGUCCUCUGGAAAUAUUACGAAGUUUUUUGUUUAACGAAAAAUAUGAGGUUAACAAUGGGAUUGGAACAAUCAACUUCUCAGGAGUUAAGGUCGUUUUCAUAUUGGAUACUUCAAAUCGGUGAAGGUCGAUGUGGAACAAUGGUCAAUGAUAAACUUUUUGUUGAUAUUCCUUCUGCUCUAAUCAUGCCUGUCUUGGAAAAUCCAGUAGAAGAUAUUUUAAAUACAAUCUAUCUGAAUUUGGUUCAGAAUUUUCGUGAUCCAAGUUUCUUCCAGGAUAGGGCAAUUCUGGCUCCGACUGUCGACAAUGUUGAAGAGAUAAACAAUUAUAUAGUUGAUUUGUUGCCCGGUGAGGAGAAAAAUUAUCUCAGUGAUGAUUCGAUAUGUGGUAGUGAUGUCUAUUCUAAUGUUGAUAUUGAUUGGAUAAAUGUUGAAUUCUUGAAUCAGAUUAGGUGUUCUGGUCUACCUACUCAUUCGUUGAAGUUGAAAAUAGGCGUGCCUAUUAUUUUGUUGAGGAAUAUUGAUCCAGCUGGGGGUUUGUGUAAUGGGACUCGACUUGUUGUGCAAGAUUUAGGGAGAAAUGUGAUCAGUGCGGAUAUUGUUUCUGGUAGCAAUGUUGGGGAUAUAGUUUUUAUCACCAGAAUGAAUAUGAUUCCCAGUGAUACGGUUAUACCGUUUAAAUUCCAACGCCGUCAAUUCUCGAUUUCUUUGUCAUUUGCGAUGACAAUCAACAAAAGCCAAGGUCAAACAUUAUCAACAGUCGGUUUGUUCUUGCGUCGUCCUGUGUUUUGUCACGGUCAACUUUAUGUAGCACUUUCCCAAGUUAGGAAUAGAAAUGGUCUGAAGAUUUUACUUUGUGAUGAAGGAUUAGUUGAUCCUACCAGGACUGAAAAUAUUGUAUUUAAGGAAGUUUUUGAUAAGAUAUAA